CAGGCGGCGGCUGCCGCGUCACAGCUUGUAACGCCGCUGUCUCGCGAGAUGACAUUGUGUGUUCGGGAUUAGCUGUCAGGCAGGAGCUCAGGAGCUGCACGUUAAAGGCAUUGCGGGACGUUUAAGCAGCGAUCCGUUUUUUUUUUUACGAAAAGCUGGCGGAUUACAAAAUGCUGCUAAACCAGCUGAGAGAGAUAACUGGCAUUCAGGAUUCCUCUUUCCUGUAUGAAGCACUUAAGGCCAGUAAUAAUGAUCUUACUCAGGCUGUUGGAAUUCUUACUGAGUGUGCCAAAGAGCCAGACACAAGAGAAGUUGCUUUUGAGCCAUCUGACACAGGGGGCAGUGCAACCGACAAACAAUUAUGUGUUGGGCCUAUGCAUAGUAAAGAGGUGCUCCAGACAACAGUUGAUCCCAGCUUACACAAGGACGCAAGCCAUCAGUUAAAUGCUGUACAUUGUAGGAGGUCUUCUGAUCCACAAGCUUCUGAAAGUAAAGGUCGUACAAAGAGGAAACGCUGUGAAGUUUGGGGGGAUAAUCCCAAUCGCAAUGAUCUGAUGAGGGUUGGAGACUGGCCUGUAGGUCUGAAGAACAUUGGAAACACCUGUUGGUUUAGUGCUGUAAUACAGUCUCUGUUCCACCUGCCUGAAUUUCGAAGACUUGUUCACAGUUGCAGCAUUCCUCAGAGCCUGCUUGAAAAGUGCCAAAGUCGUGAUGAGAAAAGGAACCUUGCUUUUAUGCAAGAACUCCAGUGCCUCUUUGCCUUAAUGGUUGGAUCGAACCGAAAGUUUGUGGAUCCUUCUCCUGCCCUAGAACUGCUGAAAGAUGCAUUUUUAUCAGAAGAAGCACAGCAGCAAGAUGUCAGCGAGUUUACACAUAAACUCCUUGACUGGCUGGAAGAUGCUUUCCAACUCGCAGUUAAUGGAGAGAGCCCAAGAGAUAAAUCUGAGAAUCCAAUGGUACAACUUUUUUAUGGUACAUUUCUUAAUGAAGGAUUUCUUGAAGCCAAUAAAGCCUUCUCCAACAUUGAGACUUUUGGUCAGUACCCACUCCAAGUUAAUGGGUUCAGCAACCUCAAUGAGUGUUUGGAAGCUGCUAUGGUGGAGGGAGAAAUUGAAAAUAUGCAAAGUACCCAAUCUGUGAGGCAAGAGCGCUGGUUUACAAAACUUCCUCCUGUAUUAACGUUUGAGCUAUCUCGGUUUGAAUUUAACCAGUCAUUGGGGCAGCCUGAAAAGAUUCAUAAUAAACUUGAAUUCCCAGAAAUUCUUUACAUGGAUAGGUUUAUGUACAAAAACAAAGAGCUCAUGAGAAGGAAGCACAGUGAAACAAGGAGGCUGAAAGGCCGCAUUGACCGCUUAAAUCAGAAGCUUGAAGGAUACUUGAAAUAUGGCUCUGGCUCCAGUAGGUGUCCACUGCCAGAUAUGUUGCAGUACGUACUUGAAUUUGCCAGCACUAAGUCUGCAGAAUGGUCCAGUCCGACUGAAGUGGCUACAAACGCACCGUCCGCAACAGGAAACACUGGUUCUUUGGAUGCCCAACCUUUACAAAACGGUUUUGUAGGAAAUAGUGACACUGAAACAUCAAAUGAUGACAGCCCUAAAUCUGAAAGCGCUUCCUCAGUGCCUCCAUCAGUCGGGCAUUCUGAACCAAACUGCAGCAUCCCUGCAGAGGAUCCAACACCUAAGUCUGAUACUUUAGAGGAAAUCCAAUCUGUGGCGGCUUGCUUACAGAGAUGGAGAACUGAGGUGGAGCAAGAUAUUCAAGACUUGAAGAACUCUAUUGCGAACUGUACAAAGUCAAUUGAAGAAAUAUUUAAUGAUUCAGAUUUAUCGCAGGUGCCGUACAGACUACAUGCAGUGUUAGUACACGAGGGUCAAGCAAAUGCUGGACAUUACUGGGCUUACAUCUACAGUCAUAGCAGGGAUUGCUGGCUUAAGUACAAUGAUGUAUCUGUGGCGGAGGCUACCUGGGAGGAGCUAGUAAGGGACUCUUAUGGUGGCAUGAAAAAUGCCAGUGCAUACUGCCUUAUGUACAUUAAUAAUACGCUCCCAUACCUCAUUGCUGAUCAUGAAGGGCAGCUGGAAGAUAAGAUCAAUGCUCUCCAUCCUGCACUGCAAUGUUAUGUCCAAGAGGAUAAUCAGAGGUUUGUCCAAGAAAUGGAAGAGUGGGAAGAGGCACACUCCUGCAAAAUUCCUCAAAUAGAGAAUGUGGAAUCAUCUGAAUCCGAGGAUCACCCCUCACGUAACAGCGCAUCUCUGUGCUGCGAAGAAUGUUCCAGGUCUUUAUCCUCAGAACAUGCUAUGAUUACCAAAGAACAAACUGCCCUCGCUAUCACCAAAACCGCUGAGUCCUAUGAAAAGAAUGGAGUGGAAGCUGCCCUAACAGAGCCAUCUAAACCUGAGCCAGGGGAGGCCAGCCUUUCUGAUGCCAGCCUCACAGCUCAGGAGGAAACUGAGCCACAACCCAGCUCCCAGCUUUCCGAAGUGGAGAUCCCCAGUGUGGGAAAGAUACUCGUUAGAACUGAUACUGAUGGCUAUAAUGAGGAGAUGAUGCUCUGCCCUGCCAUGCAAGGUAUCAUCUUUGCAAUACUGAAAGCCCGGCAGGUAUUUGAUCGGGAUGGCCCUGAAGCUGGCCUUGUUAAGGCGUUUCAUGAAGAAUAUUCUCGCCUUUACCAACUUUCUAAAGAAGAGCCUUCGCCAUCUAGUGACCCUCGUCUGCAGCACGUUCUGGUAUACUUCUUUCAGAACAAAGCCCCAGACCAAGUCAUUGAGCGAACUCUGCUGGAGCAGUUUGCUGAUAAAAACCUUAGCUAUGAUGAAAGAUCAAUAAGCAUCAUGAAGGUUGCUCAAGCAAAACUCAGAGAGAUUGGGCCAGGUGAAAUGGACAUGAAAGAAUACCAGAAAUGGCAUGAAGACUACAGCCUGUUUCGUAAGGUGUCGGUUUACCUUCUGACUGGGUUGGAGCUUUAUCAAAAUGAAAAAUGGCAAGAAGCCCUUACUUACCUUGUGUAUGCUUAUCAGUGUAACAGUUCCCUUGUGAGUUCAGGGGCAAGUCGUGGUGUAGAGGAGAACUUGAUUCAGCUCUUCAGAAGGAAAUGCCUACUGAAGCUUAAUGAUAUGGCUGCCACAUUGUUUGAGAGCAGUCAAGAAGAACAGGUCUCAGAAGGGAUUAGUAUUAUGAAUGACCUGAUCAUUCCUUGCAUGCAUCUAAUCUUCAACAACAAAAUCUCUGAGGAAGACCUUUCUGCCAUUGAAGAGAUGAGGAAUAGAUGGUGUUCUUACCUUGGGCAAGAUAUUGAUGAUGAGCUGCAAAUGAAGCUAGGACAGUUCCUUCCUAGGCUACUUGACUGCUCCAGUGACCUCAUUGUGUUAAAGGAACCCCCAAAGAUCCGGCCGCAUUCGCCGUUUGACCUGUGCAAUCGAUUUACAGCCAUCAUGGAGUCCAUACAGGGAGCGUCCACUGUCACUGUGACAUAGAUUUGGGGCAUGGCACCCCAUUUUUCUAUGCGGCAGGAGCCUGGACAAAUCACUAAGGACAUUUUGCCACUUAGUAUAUUCCUUGUAGCUUGUCUUCUCCGAUAAAGCAGAGCUCAGUUAUACUUAUAACACAUUAUGAACAAAAGGAAUUACACUGGUUUUGUGGGAUGCCUGUUUUUUUUAAGUGUUAGGUGAACCUCAUUCAAAUCAUUUUGUACACUUGAAGAUUAUAGUGAAAGGACGUAUAGAAGCUUGUAUGUCUGUUACACUCAAGAACUGAAGGUUAUACCUUCCAACAACAAUUUUCUGUUAGGGGGUCACAGGAACCAUGGCGUUAAAGGGCCCUCCCACCAGGAGAGGACACUGUGAUAAAAUCAGAGCUACUUCCUCUCUCUCUGUAUCUCUUGCACAGCCCAGAGGACACACAUUUUUUUUUUUUGAGUGUCCAACACCUAGCCAAAAUAAUGAUUCAGAGAUCUGGAUCUCAGCCACAGUGCACUUAUGAAGGCUUCAGUGUGUUGGGGACUGACUGUACAUCACUAAGCCAAAUACAAUGUUCUCUUAUC